UAGACAGGGUGUCAGAAUAUCAAAGAGCAGGGUUUUUUUGUUAAAGGAAUGGAAAAAAUGGGAACUUUCAUAUCAUCCUCCUGCUCACCUUUUUUCCAGGGCAAACAAUCUGAUUGAUCCAUUACAUGGAUGGACAAAGAACAUAAACCAAUUGCAUAAUUUGUUACUAGUAGUAAAUGUUGUUUCCUUAUCUUUGCAGGUAGAUCCUGUGGCCAAGCUUUGCUGAAAUAACUCCUGCCUCUAUUUUGAAUUUAUAAUGGAUGAACUACAUGCUCAUUGCCAGAAUUGUGUAAACAGACGAUGUAUGGCGAGACCAGAAACUGGUGUUUCAUGUGACCUUGUGGGUUGUUCUCUUGUAUGUGGAGCAGUUUUCCACUUAUGUAAAGUAGAGGAACAUCGCCUACUGUGCCCUUAUGAAAGAGUGCCUUGCCUUAAUAGUGGAUUUGGAUGCCCCUUUACAAUUAAAAGAAUUAAAAUGGCACAGCACCUGAAAAUAUGUCCGGCAAGUGUUGUGUGCUGCACAAUGGAAUGGAACCGGUGGCCUGUGAGCUACGCAGAUCGCAAGUCUUAUGAGAACUUGAGUAAGGAGGUCUAUGAUGUGGAACAAUUAGAUAUGGCAUUGGCAUUACAAGAUCAACGCAUGUUGCUUGAGUCUCUUAAAGUGACAACCACAGUGGCUAAAACUGUAGAUGAGGAAAAUGAAGGGAUAAACCCAAGCAUCCAGGAUGUGGAAUUAAGAAAUGGACUUCUUGAAAUUCAUGGGGAGGCAUUUAAUGAACUUUACAAGGCUUCAGUAGAGAAAAGCAGAAAUUUAGCAGCAGCUUUGGAUAUUCUCAGCAGUGCAAACAAAGGUAUUGACUUGAUUAUGGAAAACCUCAGUGGUGCAAAUGUUGAUUCAAAUGCAGCUUGUCAGAGGAAUGGGGAUUUCUGUAUGAAUGAGCAAAUAAAAGAAAGUGACACAGACUCAGAGUGUGAGCUGGGUGCUGUAGGUGGGGUAGAAAAUCUUGAAGAUGAUGGGACGGAGUGGAAGGCAGAUCUGUCCACUGAUGAGGAGGAGGAAAUGAAUGUCAAUAUUAAUGGCAGUGAACAAGCUCUGUGUAAUGGAUUUAUUAAUGUAGGGGGUCAUGGUCAUGUCAGACUUGAAAUGCAGAGAGAGAUAAAUAUUGGUUCUUCAGACAUUCGGCCAAUGUUGCCUCAUCAUUCCAUGGCACGGGAACAAGAGAUACCCCCAUCGCCACCUCUACCACUUCCUCAUCCCAUGCCUCUGCCUGAUUUAGUACAAAACAAUGUUUUACAGCAGCUGCCUGUUGAAAUUGAAGACCGGUGGCUGGAGCGUAAACUUCAGAACCUACAAGUGCUUCGAGGUAUGAGUAUGUUUACAUAUAAUGGAAGGAAAACUCUUCUGUCCAAUCCCUAUUUGCUUCGGGCUAAAAUGGAGGAUAAAGCAGUGGACACUUCAGACUUAGAGGUUUUGGACGAUCCAAUAGGCCUACAUGGUAUUGACUUAAUUACUGCUGCAUUACUUUUCUGUCUUGGUGACUCUCCGGGAGGCAGAGGCAUUUCUGACAGCCGCUUUGUGGAUGGAUAUCGAAUUGACUUUGGCACACAGACUUUUUCCUUUCCCUCUGCUAUACUGGCCACUAACACCAUGGUGGGUGACAUUGCCUCUGCGUCUGCCUGUGACCAUGCCAGCCCACAGCUGUCCAACCCCAGCCCUUUCCACACACUCAGACUGGACCUUGUGCUAGAGUGUGUGGCUCGCUACCAGACCAAGCAGCGCUCCAUGUUCACAUUUGUUUGUGGGCAGCUGUUUCGCCGGGAUGAGUUCUCGUCUCAUUUUAAAAAUGUUCAUGGUGACAUUCAUGCUGGCCUGAAUGGAUGGAUGGAACACAGGUGCCCUUUGGCAUUCUAUGGCUGUACUUUCUCCCAGAGAAGAUUUUGUCCAAGUGUGCAAGGCUCAAGAAUCAUUCAUGACCGCUACCUGGGCUCAUUUGGUGUUCAGUCUGGCUUAGCCACACGACCAGGUGAGAAACUCUGCCAAUACGGAUCCCACUGUGACCACCUUAGUAGCUUGCCCUUUGAGCUACUGCAGCAUGUUGCAAGCUUUUUGGAUGGCUUUACUCUGUGUCAGCUGUCCCGGGUGUCUCGUAGGAUGAGGGAUGUUUGUGCCAGUCUGCUAAAAUCUCGUGGUAUGGUGGUCUUGCUCUGGGCAAAGAUUAGACAUGCAGAUGGAUCCUCAUCUUGGCAGAUUUAUGACAAGGUAUGGAGAUUUAGCACAGCUUUUGGAACGGUAAAUGAGUGGAAAUUUGCCAACAUCUCCAGCAUGGCUGACCACCUAAAGACAUGCAAGUACAAUACAGUGGCUCGACGAGAGGAUGCUGUGCCUCUUCCAUGCAUGAGUCACACAAGAGAACUGACUAAAGAGGGCUGCUCAAUGUGCUCUGUGCUCAGACCCCUGUUAUAGCUGUGUUUAAAAAGCUAAGACUGUGCUGGCAUGGGUAUACAAGUGUUUACCAGUACAUCAGAUGUGUUAAAUACUUUUAAAAAUUUUGGGUGCAUCAUUAUCAAAAAUACUGUGCAGAAGUGUUUUGUAGAAGUAAACUGGAGCCUUAAUUAAAUGACAUUUGUUUUUUUUACAAUAGAACAUGCUGUAUUUCGUUUUCCAGAAUGUUUUAUUUACAUGCACAAACAGCAUAUAUGUACUGAGAGCUACUUUAAAGUAUCACUUUUGUGUACCCUAAAAGAAACACACACUGCAUAGUCACAUGAUGACCUUUUUAUGAGCAACUGUUAAGUACUAUUUGUCUACAGUUGUUUUUGAAUUUUGUGAAUGCAAACAGUUUAGGAAUCAAUAUAAGGUUUUUGGAUUUUCUAUGUGUAGCACUUAAUUAGCAUCCAUUAAAGUUCACUUUUAAUAAUUUGAUGGUUUAGUUCAAUCUAAAAUGUAUUAGCGCUGAACAAGCACUGUGACAUUUUUCAUUGUAACUUUAAACUAGAUUAGUAGCAUAUUUGCAUAUGUAAAUACAUUUGGUCCCUGCAUAACAACUUUACUCUUUCAGCUGUUUUGUAUGGACAAUGUAAGCCACAAAGGAAAACCUGCUGGACAGGUCUAAAACUCCUGCUAUUUAGGCAGCAAAGAACAUUUUUUUCAGCUGUGUACAACAUAUUACCAAACGUUUUCUUCUCAGGGUUUUAAAAAUAAAAUAUUUUAUCUGCGUGCAGAAAAAAAAACACACACAUGCACAUAAGUAUGUUGACCUGAAAUUCUACUUGAUGAAUUAACCUGUCCAACAUCUGAGACUAAAAUGUGUUUGGUUAUAAGGAAUUCUGUGAGCUGAUACUAUGGUGGUGAAGGUCAGUUAUUUGUUGCAGAAUAGUAGUUUGCAUUAAUAUAAAAAAAACUGUCCUGACUUGUUCAUAACGGUUCACAUAUGCACAAAUGUAAAAUUAUUGAUUCAGCGAGUUCAAACAACUUUCUGUUAGCACUUGAUUUAAAAGUUUACUGUAUUUGCGAAUAAAUUUGCAUGGUUUAUCUUGGUCAUUCAACAGGUUCUUAUAUUAGUUUGAUAAGCACAAAACAACUUGUGUUUUAUAUAUUUUAUUUAAUAUGCCAUCAAUGUGAUAUUAUAUAUAUGUCCGACUGGUUGUACUGCAGUGGGUAGAUGCUUGUUUAAAAUGAUUUUUUGCAUGGGAUGCUUAGAGCUGAAAAUGUGAUUCAGUAUGUUCAUUUUGGUUAACCUUUAAAAGUUUUGUCCUGUGUGUAUCAUGUUUUGAUUACAUUUAUACAAUAAAUGAAAGUGAAGCCUA